CCCCUGUCUGUGUGUACGUACGUGUUUUUCCCUUUUUUGUCGCUUGAUGUACCACUACACACGGGAUCAUGGACGUGUAUAAAAGGGACGCCUCUUCCAUCGGACCAUACAGUGUGAGGAGAAGCGACAUUCAGGCAACAACAAUGAAGGCAGUGUGCGUGUUGUUUGUGGUGCUGGUGGCGGUGGCCUCAGUACUGGCAGCUCCUGAACCCAAGGCAGACCCAGGCUACCGCUACGGGGGUUACGGUGGCAUCGGUGGCUUUGGUGGCUUUGGCCGCUAUGGUGGCUAUGGCGGUUAUGGCGGCUAUGGAGGCCACGGAGGGUUUGGUCACCGCGGCUUUGGCGGCUAUGGCGGCUACCGUAGCUAUGGUUACGGUCGCGGAUACGGCGGCUAUGGUGGCUACGGCGGCUAUGGCUACGGCAGGCGCUAUGGUUACUAUGGAUAAAGAAUGGUGAGAGCAGAGUGUCCCUGAGCCAGUUACAACCUUCUUCCUACCACCUGGGUCUGCACGGCGGCCGAGUGUAGAUUAUGUCCUUUUAUGUCUGUAUAAACUACAAGACCGUGUCUUUAAUACAUUUUCACAUAAAA